CCCCCUACUCCUCAUACCCCUCAAGCUCCUGCUCCUCCCGCUCCUCCUGCGGUCUCUCCUAUGACUCCUCCUGGAGCUCCGUCGAUUCCAGGUAUCAGAGUGACUUCACCAACCCAAGCGCCCUCUACUGGAUCUACUCCGCCACGCUCAAACACCCCAAGCGCAACAGCUCCCGCGGCUCAAGCACCAGUCGUAGAGCCAGCCGUAGUACCAGCUAUUCCAGACUCUCUGUAUCACUUUGACUUUUGGCCCGCCCAACCGUGGGACCAUGAUCCGGACGUCAGCGAAGUUCCACCUAGUGAAAACAUCAGGAAGAAGCACGACGACCAGGGACUCAUGCAGACUGCAAUCGAUAACUUCAUGAAUAGCAAGACACUGAUGGCUGGAGUAGACGAGUCGACCUGGACUGCCGGCAAGUAUCUUGCCAGCGGGUCGUACGGGGCCGCGGGGUUGUGGUGCAGGGUUGACGAGAACAACAACAUCGUACAGGUAAGUGCAGAGGCUUCUCUCAUGAAGAACCACUCAAAACGUGUGUCUGACUUUCUUUCACAGCGUAUGGUCGUCAAGGACUGUCCCCAAACCAGGACGACGUACAGCACUCCCAGGGAGUGGUACGAUCAGCUGCCGAGGGAGAUAGCAUUGCAUCGGCGAAUCGAUAGGAAGAGGAAGCGAGACGAGACGAAUGACAAGGGUUUUACCAAUGUCGUGGAGCACUUUGGGUAUCGUCUGAUGAUGCGUAGGCGGAGAUAUCGCCUGUACCUGAAAUACUACGCAGGCAGUGAUCUUGGUGAGCUUGUCACCGACAGAUUCAAUAUUUGGGGACUUGCUCGCUUGGAAGAUCUGAGGACCUUGUCACUAGAGCAGUUGGAGGACAUGCCCAUAGUCCCGGAAGCCUUGAUCUGGUACGUCAUCAUGAACUGUGCGUCAGGCUACCUCAUCCUGCAGCACGGCACGACAAGUCGCACCGAAACCGACCCGGACUGGAGACCCAUCAUGCACUUGGACCUCAACAUAAGCAACGCCUUCAUUGACCCUCAUCCUGACGGGAAGUCUGCGGAUAUCGUUAUUGCUGACUUGGGCAUGGGCUUCAUUGAGCGCGACGCACCACCCGUUCCAGAAGGUUACGAACCGUUGCGGUCUGACAACCCCUACGAAUGGACAUGGAAUGAAAGGCACUUCUGCCAUCCACCCGAGCACCAGUUCAUGUGGGGUAGUCCACCAACCAAGCUCAGCGAGAAGUCGGACGUGUGGAGGCUCGGCUCGUUGAUCUGGGAGAUGAUAACCAACAGCCGCGACUCGGACCACCCGAUGCGAGAAGACGCCACUUUCCGAGACGACGCGGGCAAUGGAUUUUAUGGGAAGCAGAGUGUGACGCUGGAAUCAAACACGAGGGACCUGGAUGCCGACUCGAUGUUUCCAACGCCAUGGAGGUUCUAUCCGUCCGCGGAAAGGUACAGCCCCGAGUUGAAGCAGCUGGUAAGAGACUGUCUGCACUGGUAUCCUGACUCUCGGAAGACUUUCAGUGAGCUACACGACAUCGCUACGACUGAGAUCUUGAAACACAGCGCGUCGUUCGACCGCGACGUGAAUGCUGAACUCCUGCCAAAAUAUGAUGAUUUCGCGAUUGGCAAGAGACAUAAGAGACGGAGGUAGAUUACUCAACUUUAUAAUGUAGCACUGUGUCAUUACUUGUCUAAUAUUGAGGUCGUGUGAAGAUUUACGGCGAGGCAUGCAGUCUGCCCAGCUUGCGCCUCCCUUUCCGUGAUAUCAGUCUUGUUAUGAAAGUCCGAGAAUUGAAGCGCAGUUUGCUGGGCGGAUAAGCAACCUGUUGUAACCCAGCCGCUGUGCUGCGGAUGCUGUGCAUUGUGGUG